AUGAAUAAUAAAUUAUUUUUAUUUAAGAUUAUUUUUUUCGCGUUAGCACAAAAAUUAACAAUUUGUUUGGAAUUAAAACCUUGUAAUAAAAAUUUAAAAUAUUUAUAUGGAGAUGCAUUAGAAAAUCCUCAGGGAUGUAUAGGACCUCAUGGAUUAACUUAUCCGACAACAUUUAAAUCAAGUGAUAAAACAACCGCGAUGACAACAACAUGGCCAACAUUUCGAAAAGCAAGAUUUUUAACAAAACAAACAUUAGAUCCAUUAAUUGUACAAAAAACAUUGUUGAGAAAUUACGAAGUAGCAAAUGAUAAUAUUGAUAAUUUUAGAAUGGGUAAAACAUCAUUAAGGGAUGAAAAUUCGUGUCCAACACCAGCAAGAUUAUGCAAAACAAAAUAUAACACGACAGCACCAAUGUAUGGUGUGUCUUUAACGAGUGGACAACCGGUAACAAUCGUACAAAAAUUUCCCGAUUUAUUACAACAAGUCGUAUUCGAAGUUUGCGAAUCUUCGGAAUGUGACGUAGUUAGAGGAGAAUGUACUCAAACCUACGUACCUUACCUAUUUUUAGUGAUACCUUUAGGCCCUGUAACUCUAACGGGUCAAGAUUAUGUAUUAGUUGAAAGUGGAUGUACAUGCAGACCAAAAUAUUCUAAUUCACCGGCACCGAGUCCAUCAACGUUAAAAUCAUUUCUUAUUAAUUAA